ACAGCCGCUUCUCCUUUUCCCCUUUCUAACCCUAAUUCCUCUUUUUCUGUUUUUCUAACCCUAAUUUCACAUCUCACACGGCCGCCUCUCUCUUUCUCUCUCUACGCCCGAUUCCGAAGACGCCCCGGCAGCGCUCUUCCCUCUUCACCGUUCGCACACUCCCGGCAGCAUAUUUCUUUGCCGUUCGCAUAUCCCGAUAGAAUUCUCGCAGCGGCGCUUUCAAUAGAUAUAUUUUGCGUCAUAGUGCUUUAAAACUUAGAUUGCCAUGGCGGAUGAGGAGCCACAACCUCUUACUUAUGUUCAUGAAACUGUGCUAAAGAAGAGAAAAAAUAAUGAAGAGUGGGCAGUCAAGAGGAGGCAGAGGUUGGGAGCACGGAAACAACAAAAGAGGGAGGAUUUGAAGCUUGCCAUCAAAAGGCCUGAGGAGUUUGUAAAAGAAUACCGUGACAAAGAGUUGGACCUAGUGAGAAUGAAGCAUAGGCUAAAGAUGCAUAAGCUGCCUUCUCAUGACAUCAAGUCUAAGCUGCUUUUUGUCAUCCGCAUUCACGGAUCAAAGGAUAUGCAUCCGAAGACCAGGAAAAUUUUAAACAAAUUGAGGCUGAGACAGAUCUUAAGUGGUGUAUUUUUAAAGGCGAAUGAAGCAACUUUGACUAUGUUACUCAGUGUAGAACCAUUCAUCACUUAUGGUUACCCUAAUCUGAAGAGCGUGAAGGAGCUCAUUUACAAGAAGGGCUGUGGGUGGGCGAAUAGAGAGAAUGUUCCUCUUACAGAAAACAAUGCAAUUGAGCAGGCCCUAGGAAAACUGGGUAUAAUCUGCAUCGAAGACAUUGUGCGCGAAAUCGCGACGGUGGGACCGCAUUUCAAGGAGGUGGCUAGCUUUCUGCUGCCAUUCACACUCAAAUGCCCGGAGAGGCGGCUCAGAAUGAAGAAGAAACCCUACAAGAACGGCGGGGACACCGGCAACCGCGAAGAUCUUAUCAACGAACUAAUCAACAAGCUGAACUGAAGCAGAUGAGACACUCUGUUCGCAUCAAUUUUGGCAGUCAUGUAACAACCCCAUGCUUUCAAUAGAAUUAUACUCGUCAUCUCAUCUAACCCUGGAUUGUGAGACUUAAGCAGCUGAUGUAGAACUAUCUGCCAAAUGAAAUUUCCAUUUUCCGGCGCCUUAUGAUUUUGAUUUU